UCACUGAAGGGGGGAUCCUUCCUACCUCUUCCUGACCCCCAGAAGUGGUUGGGAGAAGCCUGUUCUAGAGUAAAGGACACUCCUAUCUAGCUAGAGAUGGAAGGCAAGUGGAAUGACCUGUUCAUCAGAGAGAAAGGGGAAUUAGGAAUUUCAGGUGAUGGGACAGUUCUCUGUCUGCACAGUACUUCUGGUCUUCCUUGUCCUUCCAAACUGAAAUUCUGAAACCUUUUUUUCUCUUUUGAGCACAUUUUAUUUAACAUAUAAUGGGGCCAGAGAUGCCAGGCAGAGUUUAUCCAAGAUUUCUUUGGUGUGCUUGCCUUUUUUUUUUGCUACUUUUCUGUUUUUAAACCUUUCUUGCUAAUUGUAGCUUAUUUGAUUGGUAAAUUUUUGCCUUCUUUCUUUCAGAAGUGCAUGAUCUAUCCUUUGUAUGCUGUGUAUCUAUAUAACCCUGUUUCUCUCUUUAAUUAUGUUUUUAGCAUUCAGAGUGAUUAACAAUGGCAAAGUUGCAGAUAUCAAGAAAGUCAACAACUUCAUCAGAGAACAAGACUUAUAUGCUUUAAAAUCUAUUAAGAUUCCAGUGAAAAACCACGGGAUCCUAACAGAGACCCACAAAGAACUCAGACCCCUCCUGAACUCAUCCUCAGAGACCAGAGUGACGUUCGAGGAGCAGCCAGACCCAGACAGAGCAGCUGUCAAUGCCAGUGCCUCAUCUAGCUCACUGACGGAUUUCUUUAAGGGCAUUGACCAGAAUAUUGAACAUGCAGUUCAGUCAGAAAUCUUUUUGAGUGAAAGUUACUCCAUAGAGACCUCCAGUCAGCCACUGCUUCCUGCUCCUCCAAAGACACUGACAAAUGGUGCAGACUGUGGAAUUCAGUGGUGGAAUGCUGUUUUUAUCAUGCUUCUAAUUGGAGUUGUUUUACCAGUGUUUUAUUUAGUCUAUUUUAAAAUACAAGCUACUAGUGAGACCCCUAGUAUCUUGAAUACAACUGCUAUCCCUAAUGGCUCCAUGGCAGGGAAUGCAGUUCCAGGGCAAGCCCCCAGAUUAGCAAUUCCAAUGCCAACCAUCCCCUCUUCAGACAGCCAGUUCAGUCAGACCACACACGGGGGGAACUAGCUCUUGUUUCUAAGGAAUCAGGCCAGCUUUAGCACUUAGGCUUCCACUGAUGUUGUCCAUAUCUUAGCAUGCUGCAUUUUUUUUUUUUUUCUGUGACAUAUGGACAGAUUUCAGUAGUCACCAUCAUGUUCUCAAUCACAUUCAUCAUGGGGAGUGGACUCAUCCAAGCCUGUGGGAGCCAAAACAUCAGCAUUCUCAGCCUCUUAAAUCCAGAGAAGAGCGACAGGAGAGACGUUUACACAUGGCAAAUGCUGCUCCUUGAAGGCAUUUAGUGGACUGGACUUGUGUGUCUUCACAAUAGCACUGUAGGCCCUCAAGUUGGACAUGCUUGGACGGAGAUGAAUAGCCUUGGCAGAUGGACCUGCAUAUGGGAGACCCUGGUGUCAGCUUUGUCUGUCUGUGUUGCUUUGUCCACUGUCUACUGUGGAGGGAUGCUGCUGCUGCUGCUAAGCCACUUCAGUUGUGUCCAACUCUGCGACCCCAUAGACAGCAGCCCGCCAGGCUUCCCCGUCCCUGGGAUUCUCCAGGCAGGAACACUGGAGUGGGUUGACUGGCUCUGAAAAAUGAUGUUUUGUAUCUCUCCAGCAAAGACAGUGUGCAAUAAUGAGGUGCCGCCCUGUUUCAGGGCAUGAUACAUUACAGUUGUAACAAGCCCUGCUUCACAUUUAUACCCAGAUAGCUUUUUUAUGUCAUAUCUAGAAUUUUGAAAGCCCUGGAUCUAAACUGUUGAAUAUUGAGUAGAUAGCAGUUCUGUUCCUCAUAAUUUUAGCGCUCCUUAAUCUGACACACAGGCACAUUUUAAGCUCUUCAUGGUGCAGCCGGCACUUCCUGGCCAGAACAUUUGAAGGCCAUGGCCCAGUUUCACCUGAGGACCUUUUCCAUGGUGAUUGCUAACUGGAUUCCCCAAGUCAGCAUCCUGGGAGGGAGCUGUUUCUGAUCUGUGUCGAGUGAAGUAGGUAUAGGGAGAAAGACGAGGGCCUUGUCACCCAGGUCCCAACACGUGACAUUUCUAAGGCUGAGCAGUCACCAGCCAGCAUCUGCUGGCCCCCGUGUGCUCCUGGCAGAGUGGUGCAGGGAGAAUGGAUGUACUUGCUCUGCUUCCUUGACCCCAUUCUUAGGACUUCUAGAGUCAUGGAACAGGAUUAGGACUCAGUCACCUUUCUUUGGGUGAAUACAAUGUAACUCAUGAUGUUAAAAUACUGAGCACAAUGUAGAGCCUAGAGGUGACCCUUGCUGUGGAAAACCAUAAAAAGAGAGGCCUGAGGUUUGCCCAUCUUCUCUGACAAGGCCAUAGCAGUGUUAAGUUUGGAAGCUCGCGGAGGGCCUGGUUGGCCUCUGAGGCCUUACUGUUGUAGUAAGGGUGACUGGGGUGAGGGUAGGAGCCUUGGUCCCAUGGAGGAGUGGAAAUUGGCCAGGGUGGCUGAGCCUUGGAAAGGUCUGCCUCCAGGGAGAAAAACAUGAUGCACAAAUGCUGAGCUUUUGGUAGGUUUAAGGCAUUUGACACCUUCAGCCUAGAGAUCAAUUUAAGAGAGCUCAUGUAAGAAAGGGGAAUGUGGUGGAUGAGUACUUGAGAUGGGUUUUCAGUUUCUCCUCUCAAUUAUGUGAAAAACUGUUUUGCCCUGGGUUCAAUUAGCAAAUUUAAAUCUUAAAACUAAAUGUUUUCUUCAAAGUCAAGCUAGUCUUAAAGAAAAAGUGAACUUGUGAAUCAUUGCUACAGGAAAUGUUUUGAUCAUAUAAAUGCCUUUCUAGUCAAGUGUUUGUGUGCUGUGCCCAAGGACGGCAAGUUUCUCUAACAUUUUGUUACCAUUAAAUUCACAAGGCAGGAUGCAGACUUACGAGAAAAAGACUUUUGCCAGGCAAAGAACUGUAUACUUUUUUCAAGUGGAAUAAAAUAAUUUCUUCUGUGAAGGAAAAUUGAUUCUUUCCUUUUAAUUUGGGAAUUGGUAAUUCAGAGUUAAAAGAUGUGGGAUGAAAAAAAAAAAAAGAUGCGGGAUAAUGCUGGAGAAAAUGGAGUUGUCUGUGUCCAAGAGGUGAGGCCUGCCCAUGGCUUGUGCCCACGAUUACCCCAAUAGGUGAAGAACAAGUGUUAACAGACACAGUCUCGCUGAUUGGCCACAUGACAUGCUUUAAAAUUGUUUUGGGUAUA